AUGUUUGUUCUCCCACCACCCCCAAGAUAUCCGUCGCAGGCAGCGUAUAAUCUUGCUGUUGCCAAUGGACAAGCGGCGCCCAUAAUUGAGACGAAUAAUCUCCUGUCGCACCCGACAGGACCCGAAUACCAGCUGGUUGUUGGUGAAGGCACUUAUAUUCUUAAGGACGACUUGCUCCUUGCGACGCCUCCGCCGCAUCCCUCAGAAGCUCAGAUAGUAAAUCCCAACCCUCUCGCGACAACACCGCAGCCGCCGACGGCGGGGACUAAAGUUUCCUUACUGUCCCUAAGUUCUCGAGCAAGCCCACCCCUUUUAUAUAGGGCCGAUACGAAUAGGAGUGCUCGAUCAGGGAUUCAAACGAGCAUACAAGAGCAUCCCAGUGAAGAGCAAGCCUCUGCAGAUGUUCCCCCUAGCAGUGAUGGAGGGACAUCUGUGUCUGGUAGCACCAAGCCUUCCCGCUCACUCGGAUCUGCUCCAGCCUUUGGCGAAGGAAACUCGAUGCUGUCAGGAACAAGUAAGGAUACCUCGAAACGACGAAAGCCGAAGAACAAUAUUGCAAAGAGCAACUCAUCUUUCAUCUCUCGAUGUAUUGUCCACGAGAAUAUGGCAAAAAGGAUACAAGACCGUCCAGCAGACGGCUACUUCGCAUUCGCAAACAUAAACAGAGCUUUCCAGUGGCUUGAUUUAUCUUCUCCGCAAAAGGUUGACCACCUGACAAAAAUUCUCUUCACCAAGGGAAAUUGUCUUUGCCACGAUAUAAAUCAAGUCACCAAGGCAAUAAAUCAUAUUGACCUUAUAAUGGGCUUCUCUACGGGGGAAAUUAUCUGGUAUGAACCCAUAUCUCAAAAGUAUACCAGACUGAAUAAGAAUGGUAUUAUCAACGGAACUCCUGUCUCUGAGAUUCGGUGGAUACCAGGUUCAGAAAAUUUAUUCUUGGCAGCACAUAUGGAUGGGUCGCUCGUGGUUUAUGAUAAAGAGAAGGACGACGCAGCUUUCUCGCCCGAAGAGAAUGGUAACCAAACAAAUGGUCACUCUACCAGCGAGGACAGCGUGAGGCGUGUUCCCCCAAAGCUUCACAUUGAUAAAUCAGUUCACUCGAAAAACCAAAAGGUUAACCCUGUCUCGUUCUGGAAACUGUCGAACCAACGUAUAAAUGCAUUUGCAUUUUCCCCUGACAACAGGCACAUUGCAGUCGUCUCGGAGGACGGAACUCUGCGAAUUAUAGACUAUCUCAAAGAGCAACUCUUGGAUAUCUACUCGAGCUAUUAUGGCGGGUUUCUUUGCGUAUGUUGGUCGCCUGAUGGAAAAUACGUCCUCACGGGCGGCCAGGAUGAUCUUGUUUCCAUCUGGUCUGUUGCAGAUUCGACCAUUGUUGCCCGUUGUGAAGGACAUCAAUCGUGGGUCACAGCUGUAUGCUUUGAUCCAUGGCGGUGCGAUGAUCGAAAUUAUCGAUUCGGCAGUGUGGGUGAAGAUUGUAGGCUCUUAUUAUGGGACUUCAGCGUCGGAAUGUUGCAUCGGCCGAAAGCGUCCUCGGUGAGGCAGAGAGGCAGCGUCUCUUCUCGCUUCGCCAAUCCUCUUCAAAGGGCAGAAACGCAGAAUACGAAUCUAUCUAGGUUAAGAUCGAAUUCGAGUAACUCCGCAGAUACUGAAGUAGAACGCCCCAUUGAGCAUCCCGUAGAGCCCAGGGCCAAAAUAGCCAUGUUGCCCCCGGUCAUGUCCAAAGUAGUCGACCCAGAUCCAUUGUGUUGGCUAGAAUUUACGGAAGACUCGAUACUCACAAGUUGCAAGACCGGACAUAUUCGAACUUGGGACCGACCUCGAGAUGCUGGAAGCGGGAGUAAGCCUAAUUCAAGAUCAUCAUGA